UACUGUUCAUUUGACAUUUUAAAAUCUUUUAAUUCUGUCUCUUACGAUUUAACUUAUUAUUUUAAAAUAGAUUAUCUUGAAUUUUUUAAGUUUUUAACCAUUUCUUCAUACUGUUUUAUAAAAAAAUAUCAGACAUUUGGCGGGAAACGUUGUUAUCAACCAGAGAGUUUUAUUUUUACUUUUAUUGUUUCAAUACAUAAUGGACAAAAGAAACAAAUCGAAAGGUCCUACACCAAAGAGAUUUAAGUCUCGUGAUGAUGACGAAGAUAAUGAUAAGCCAUGUAGUUUUGAAGAAGAACUGGCUGGAAUGGAAUGUGAAUUUGACUCACAAGAAUAUUUCGGCGAGGGACCAGAAAAUGAAACAACAAACAUGAAAUGGUCUCGACCUUCACCACCUGAUUUGGACCCAAAAAAUGAUAAAUUAAUUUUUCAACAGCUAGACAUAGAUAACUACCAUGGUCAACCAGUUCAAGGUAUGCCUGGAUCACAAUUGGGGCCUGUCCCUAUCAUGAGAAUGUAUGGAAUAACAAUGGAAGGAAAUUCAGUUUGUUGUCAUGUUCAUGGAUUUACUCCAUAUUUUUAUGUCACUGUUCCUAUAAAUUUUACUGAAUCUUCAUGUAAUGAACUAAAACUAAAUUUAAGUAAAUCGUUAUUAGAAGAUUCACGAUCUAAUAAAGACAAUAUAAAAGAGCCAGUAUUAGAUGUAAGACUUGUAAAAGCUCGUUCAAUUAUGUAUUAUAAAGGAGAUAAUGAUAUGACAUUUGUGAAAAUUUCUGUGGCUUUGCCAAAACUAAUAGCAGCUUCGAAAAGGCUUAUUGAAAAUCAGCCCACAUCAUUUGGAUUGAUGGAUCCCUCUUUUUAUGAAACAAAUAUAGAUUUUGAUAUAAGAUUUAUGGUAGAUACUACUGUAGUUGGCUGCAGCUGGAUUGAAUUGCCUGUUGGUAAAUGGUUGCUUAGGUCAAAGAAUACUGCCAUGAAACCGGAAUCUAGAUGUCAAAUAGAGGUAGAUGUUGCAUGGAAUAAAUUUAUUACACAUCCACCUGAAGGAGAAUGGUCUAAAGUCGCUCCAAUCCGAAUAUUAAGUUUUGAUAUUGAAUGUGCUGGCAGAAAGGGUGUAUUUCCAGAGCCCGAUCAUGACCCUGUCAUACAAAUUGCAUCAAUGGUUAUUAGGCAGGGUGAAAAGGAACCUUAUCUUAGAAAUGUAUUCACAUUAAAUACAUGUGCUCCAAUAGUAGGAUCACAAGUACUCAGUUUUCAGUCUGAAUCAGAAAUGCUUGCUAAGUGGGCAGACUUCUUUCGUGAAUUAGAUCCUGACAUUAUAACUGGCUAUAAUAUUAGUAACUUUGAUUGGCCAUAUCUAAUAAAUAGAGCAAAACAUUUGAAAGUUGUUAAUUUUGAUUAUUUGGGGCGAAUAAAAAAUAUAAGAUCUGUUAUUAAAGAUGUUGUAUUACAAUCAAAACAAAUGGGUCGUAGAGAAAAUAAAAGUAUAAAUUUUGAAGGCAGAGUACCCUUUGACUUACUACUUUUUCUUGUGCGAGAAUAUAAACUUCGAUCAUACACAUUAAAUGCUGUAAGCUAUCAUUUUCUGCAAGAACAAAAAGAAGAUGUUCAUCACAGUAUUAUUAGUGAUUUACAAAAUGAAAAUGAGCAAACUAGAAGAAGAUUGGCUAUGUAUUGUCUUAAAGAUGCAUAUUUGCCCUUAAAAUUACUUAAUAAAUUAAUGUGCAUUAUAAAUUAUAUGGAAAUGGCAAGAGUGACAGGAGUUUCUUUGUUAAGUCUGCUUACUAGAGGGCAACAAAUUAAAGUAGUAAGUCAAUUAUUAAGAAAAGCAAAAGAUGCAGGAUAUUUAAUGCCAGCCUCAAGGAAAGGAUCUGAUGAUCAGUUUGAAGGGGCAACUGUUAUUGAACCAAAAAAAGGAUAUUAUGCAGACCCUAUAUCAACCUUAGAUUUUGCUUCUUUAUAUCCAAGCAUUAUGAUGGCUCAUAAUUUAUGUUAUACUACUUUAGUACCACCAUCUAUGCAAAAAGAAAUGAAUGCUAACGAUGUAACUGUAACACCAUCUAAAAAUAUGUUUGUCAAAGCAAAUGUUAGAAAGGGUCUGUUACCUGAAAUUUUGGAAUCAUUAUUAGCAGCUAGAAAAAAAGCAAAAGCAGAUUUAAAAGAAGAAAAAGAUCCAUUCAAAAGGUCAGUCUUGGAUGGUCGACAACUAGCACUAAAAAUUAGUGCUAAUUCUGUAUAUGGUUUUACAGGAGCACAAGUAGGAAAAUUACCUUGUCUUGAAAUAUCUGGUAGUGUCACAGCUUAUGGGCGCACUAUGAUAGAAUUCACCAAAACUGAAGUUGAGAAAAAAUAUACAAAAGCUAAUGGAUACAAAGAAGAUGCUGUUGUCAUUUAUGGAGAUACUGAUUCCGUCAUGGUGAAGUUUGGAGUGAAAACUUUAGAAGAGAGUAUGGAAUUGGGUAAAGAUGCUGCAGAAUAUGUUUCAUCAAAAUUUGUUAAACCUAUUAAAUUAGAAUUUGAAAAAGUAUAUUAUCCCUAUUUACUUAUAAACAAAAAAAGAUAUGCUGGUCUUUAUUUUACAAGACCAGAAAAAUACGAUAAGAUGGAUUGCAAAGGUAUUGAAACGGUCCGGCGAGACAAUUGUCCAUUAGUUUCUAACAUGAUGAGUACAUGUCUUCAAAAGCUGCUUAUAGAUAGAGAUCCAGAUGGUGCAGUUAACUAUGCCAAACAGAUUAUAUCAGAUUUGUUAUGUAAUCGCAUUGAUAUUUCUCAACUUGUUAUUACAAAAGAACUAACAAAAAAUGACUAUGCAGCUAAACAAGCCCAUGUAGAACUAGCAAACAAAAUGAAGAAACGCGAUCCAGGUACAGCACCUAAACUAGGAGAUAGAGUGCCUUAUGUUCUAUGUUGUGCAGCAAAAAACACACCAGCUUAUAUGAAAGCUGAAGACCCUAUUUAUGUUUUAGAAAAUAGUGUACCUAUUGACUUUAACUAUUAUAUGGAAAACCAAUUAGCGAAACCAUUAUUAAGAAUUUUCGAGCCAAUACUUGGUGAGAAGGCAGAGUCACUUCUAUUGAAAGGAGAACAUACCAGAACUAAAGCAAUGGUAACAUCCAAAGUUGGUGCUCUUGCUGCAUUCACAAAGAAAAAAGAAAAAUGUAUUGGAUGCAAAGCUGUAAUGCCAAAUGAUACAAAAAAAGCUUUAUGUGAUCACUGUUUGGAAAAAGAAGGUCAGUUGUAUAUAACAGAAGUUUUUAAAUUAAGACAAUUACAAGAAAAAUUUUCAAGACUUUGGACUGAGUGCCAAAGAUGCCAAGGAAGUUUACAUGAAGAAGUGCUAUGCACAAAUAGAGAUUGUACUAUAUUUUACAUGAGAAAAAAAAUGGGAAUGGAACUUGACACUCAAGAAAAGAAUGUUUUAAGAUUUGGUGCACCAAUUUGGUGAGUUAUUGAAAAUACAUUAGUAAUUUUGCAAAUAGUUUCUGUAUAAUUACAACUAUUGUUUUUACAAUAAUAUUAACUAUAAACUUAAAUAAAAAUAAAUUGCACUUA